AUGUAUUCCCUUGUUUCGCUUCUCAUUGCGACAACUGCUUUAACGUCUCCCGCGGUCUAUUUUAUCACGAAUAAUGCGCAAAAUGCUGUUGUCGCCCUACCGAUCAAUUCCGACGGUACUCUAGGUGAUGCAUCUGUCACAGCGACCGGUGGAGCAGGCUCGAAUUCGAUUGAUGGCGCGACUAAGCAGCCAGCAGUACCUGAUGCGCUCGUAGGACAAUCUGCUUUAACCGUCUCAGGCCAGAAUAUUUUCGCAGUAAACGCUGGUUCAAACACAGUGUCUAUGUUCGCCAUUUCUCCCAACGAUCCAUUAAAACUUCAGCAAGUCGGACAGCCUGCAGCCCUGCCUGGCACUUUCCCUAAUACAGUGGCUGCAUCGUCUGCGAACUCGCUCGUCUGCGUCGGUACCACAGGAUCGAAGGCUGGGGUUUCCUGCGCGAACUUUGAUACCAAGAAUGGUAUUGGGCAAAUGGAUAGUUUGAGGCCAUUUGAUUUGGGACAAAGCGAUCCGCCGGUCGGACCAACGAACACUGUGUCGCAAACAUUCUUUUCUGAAGACGAGACUAUGCUUUUCACGACUGUGAAGGGUGACCCGGCUGCCAACAAGACUGGGUUUCUGACCGGAGCCGGAGCCGGAACCUCCAUCUCCAAACUUUCAACACAAGAAACUCAAUCGAGCCCCCCCGGAACCGCUGUCCUCUUCGGUUCGCAACCCAUCCCGGGCCAAAACCAGAUCUUCGCCACAGACGCCUCCUUCGGCGCCGGCAUCCUCUCACUCGACUCCUCUAACACCGCAACGCUAAUCGCAAACCAAAGCAUCAACGGCCAAAAGGCAACAUGCUGGGCCACUAUCUCUCUCUCCACCAACUCAGCAUUCGUGACGGAUGUCGGGGUGAACCGAAUCGUUGAGAUGAGUCUCAAGGAUGCGAGUAUCGUGGGUGUCAUCGACUUGAGUACGGUGGAGGCAAGUGCAGCCGAUCCUGGACUUAUUGAUUUGAAGGCCGCGGGGAAUUUCUUGUAUGCCUUAAGUCCGGGGAAUGGGACGAGUGAGGCUGCUAUUAGUGUCGUGGACGUGAAGAGUAAGAAGUUAGUUCAACAUGCAACGUUGAAAGGGGUUGGGGCUGGGGCAAAUGCUCAAGGUAUAGCUGUACUCUUGUAGGGGGUUUCAGACAGGAGGAGAGAUUCCAGCGUAUACAGGUGUGAUCCAGGAAAGGGGCGAUGGGCUCGACCUUUCCUCAUCUUAGGAGAAACGAA